AUGUCUUUAUUCAAAGUUAAACAGUGGUGGUCGAACACAACUAAAAAUACGGAUAACAAUGAACAUUGCUUCAGUUGUAUGAAAGUUGAUAAAUUCAAUUCGCACAAUGACAGCGAUUGUAUUCUAUUAGGCGAAGGCACAUUGUUGAAAUUGUUUAAACCUAGUUUAGACCAAGAUGGUUUACUUCUAGAGAUUGAAUUAUCGGAUAUUAUUCUACAAAUUGAAACUGGAAAAUUUAUAGGAAUAUCUGGAGAUCGUGAAAUAAUAGUACUACAUCCGCAAAGCUAUGUAAUAUACGAACUUCAUAGAAAAGAAGGCUUAACAGACGCAGGUGAACAGAACCGUAUAACAGCCGUUAUAAAACAUGCGUUCAAGAGACUAGCAUAUAACAUGACUGUGGGACCUUUCGGUAGUUCUAAAGCUAGAGAUCUUAUUUGCGUACAAUCACUAGAUGGUACUUUGAGUUUCUUCGACCAAGAUACUUUUCUCUUCAUGUGUAUUUUCAAUGACAUUUUGAUACCCGGGCCAGUGGCUUACGUCAUGAGUAGCGAUAUGUUUGUAAUUUGUAAAUCAACUUGGGCAUUGGAAAUUUACAGUUAUCAGCAACUUCGUGAAUCAAGCGAGUUGAGUUUGCGACAAAACAAAACAAAUAUUCCUCAAUGGACAUACAAUGCUGGCGAAGAAAUAUCCGCUGUUCAAGUAAUUCGGACGAGUAGUAAUUUUUCAAGCAUCAUUGCGCUGGGCGAAAGACAUCUCUACUGUUUCCAGGAUAACGGCUUGAUGAAGGCUCUUAUAAGAUUUGAUUAUACGCCAAUAUGUUUUCACUCUUAUUUAAUUGGCUGGUACUAUGAACCUGGAGCACGUCUUCUAGUAAUGGUUGCAUCAGACGAUUCCAAGCUAUACGUCUACGAGGGAACUAAAUUACUAUGGGCAUGUGAUCUUAUGAUGAAAGCAGUGUCAUUAUCCAGAUGUUUUAUUAACUCUCUACCAGGUGGCGUGGUCACUCUAUAUCUCGAUGGAAAGAUAUCUGUUAAUUAUUUAGGUACUGAGCCGGAUUUAAAUCCUAGUGUUAACAUUGUCAAUGAAAUUGUAAGUCCAGUAGAAGUUCAAAGGGAACUGGAAUCGGUGGAGGAAGCGCUCAAAUUAAUUAUCUCUGACGAUAAAGAAAGCAUUUCAGAAUUACCUUUUAUAGAAAAGACUAUAAGCAUAAAGACGACAAUUGGUAAACCAAUCGAAAAUUAUAACGAAGAUGACAUACUUGAGAACGAUAAAAAUGUACAAUCAAUGAAAUGCCCUUUAAUUAUUACGAUAAUUUGUAAAGAGCCUAAAUUAAUUCAGAAUAUACAGAUUACAUACAUUUGUAGCUCUCCAUUCAUACAUUCUGACAAUAGUAAAUAUAUUGAUGACGUCAAUGUUACACAGAUAAUAGAAACUGACAUUUUAAUGUCAAACGAUUAUGACGUUUCAAAUACCAACAUAAAAAUAUUAUUUACUAUAAUUGAACAUACAGGAAAAAUAGUAAUACUUAACAGAAGUAUUAUGUUACCUCUGAAUCUUUAUUGCUCUGUAGGAGAAAAGAAUUUAGAGAAUCAAAUUAAAUUAAACGUUCAUGUAAAUGAAACAUGUUUGGAUUUAACAAAUAUAUUUACAGAUUUUACAAAAGAAGAAUUAAGUAAUUUUGAAGCUCCCGUUAACAACAUAACAUUUAAAUAUAAAACGACAAAUAAAACUGUUACUAUUUAUGCAAACGAACAAGAAUAUAUAAUAGAAUCGGAUGAUUAUCCCGAGAUAUCAUCUGUAUUGGAUCAUCUUUUAAAUAAACUAAACGAAUAUUAUAUUCAAACAAAUAUCGGAGUGCAUAUAACAGUAAGGCCUAGUAAAGAAUUCAUCAUUCAAAUGAUACAUAGGUUCUUGAAAAGUAUUGAAACUCACGCGAAAGAAAGGAUAAAAUUGAAGAAAUUACAGGAUGAGUUGAAUAUUUUGCAACGCCAGUUUACUGCAGUUCAAAAAAGGUUGCUCGUACAAUACGGUUCCUUGCCUCCAGCCGAUUGCGACCCUCUAGAGUUUCUUAUGAAGGACACGCACCAGCGUAUAAUAAAUAUUGUCCAUGAAAUUAUUCAUAACAGGAAUGUUGUGUGCAGAGCUGGCAACACUCUUGCUGCUAUUGGACGUUUGAUCAUUUCCAUAUUAAGAAAUACUUCAACUGAUACGUUAAAAGUUGUCCUUAUUGAAGAAAUGCUGUCACUGGAUUUAUUGCAUGAUGAUUGCCAAGAAUGGGAAGAAGCGGUGACUAAAGUCUCUUCUUUUGUAACAAACAAAUUAUUCAAGAAUUCGGAAAAAGACAAAGAAAAGUUAGCCCCGGUCACUGAACAAGAAACUCUGUCUCACAUCAACUUGAAGAGAUUUCUAAGGAAAUUAAAAAUAAUUCUGGAAAAAGUAUUCGAUGAAAUAAAGGAAGACAGUACACGAGAAAAUGUAGUGCGAACAGAAGAAUUAGUUGAAAUAAUAUAA